AUGGCGUCACGACCAGAACUAAAAGUCGACGAUGAAGUCGGGUUUAUAAAAUUCUUUCGCAGCCUCUCGGACGACGGUAACGGCACUGUGAGAAUAUUCAAUCGGGGAGACUUCUACACAGCGCACGGGGAAGAUGCAAUCUUUAUCGCCCGCACAGUUUACCGAACAACAUCAGUCAUCAAGACCCUUGGCCGCGAACCUGGCCUCCAAUCAGUCACCCUAUCUAUCACCGUAUUCCGAAGCUUCCUCCGCGAAGCACUUUUCAGAUUAGGCAAGCGUGUCGAGAUCUGGGGCUCUUCAGGUCGUUCUUCAUGGAAAGUCGAGAAACAGGCAUCGCCGGGCAAUCUGCAAGACAUAGAAGAAGAGCUUGGGGGACAGCUUGACACGGCUCCGAUCAUAUUGGCGGUCAAAGUAUCGGCGAGGGCGAACGAAGCAAGAAAUGUCGGCGUUUGCUUUGCAGACGCGAGUGUGAAAGAGCUUGGUGUCAGCGAGUUCCUCGACAAUGACCUGUAUUCAAAUUUUGAAAGUCUGCUCAUCCAGCUUGGUGCACGAGAAGUGUUGAUACAAGCGGAUACAGCGAAGAAAGAUGUCGAGCUUGGCAAGUUGCGGUUGAUCGCGGACAACUGUGGUUGCGCUGUAUCAGAAAGAGGAGCUUCAGAUUUUGCGACACGAGACAUCGAGCAAGAUCUCGAAAGACUGUUGAGAGAUGAGCAUGCGGCAGGUCAGCUGCCACAAACAGACUUGAAGCUUGCUAUGGGAUCAGCAGCUGCUCUCAUUAGAUAUCUCGGUGUCAUGUCUGAUGAUGCAAACUUCGGACAGUAUCAGCUAUAUCAGCAUGACCUAUCGCAGUUUAUGAAGCUUGACGCGGCGGCCCUCAAAGCGUUAAACUUGAUGCCAGGACCACGAGACGGAUCCAAGACCAUGAGCUUGUACGGGCUACUUAAUCAUUGCAAGACGCCGGUCGGGAGUAGGCUCCUAGCCCAGUGGCUAAAGCAACCACUCAUGGACGCCGUGGAAAUCAAUAGAAGACAGCAGCUAGUCGAGGCUUUUGUUGAAGACACGGAGUUACGACAAACUAUGCAAGAAGAGCAUCUGCGUGCCAUACCUGACUUAUAUCGACUAGCGAAGAAAUUUCAACGUAAAGGCGCGAAUCUAGAAGACGUCGUUCGCGCUUAUCAGGUCGCUAUCCGGUUGCCCGGUUUUCUGGGCACGCUCGAUGGUGUUAUGGACGAGACAUACAAGGAUCCCCUUGACGUCGAAUACACAUCAAAGCUUCGUGAGUGCAAUGACGCUCUGGGUAAACUACAAGAGAUGGUUGAGACCACUGUGGACCUGGAUGCUCUGGAAAAUCACGAAUUCAUCAUCAAACCAGAUUUUGAUGAUGGACUUCGCAUCAUUCGAAAGAAGCUAGACAAGCUUAAAAAUGAAAUGAAUGCAGAGCACAAAGACGUGAGUAAAGACUUGGAUCAAGAGCGCGACAAGAAGCUCUACCUCGAGCAACACAGCAAACAUGGUUGGUGUUUUCGUUUGACUAGGAAUGAAGCUGGUGUUAUUCGCAACAAGAAAGGAUACCAGGAGAUCUCAACACAGAAGAAUGGUGUCUACUUCACUACUAAGACUAUGCAAAACAUCCGACGAGAAUUUGACCAAUUGUCAGACAACUACAAUCGGACCCAGAGUGGUCUGGUUGGCGAGGUUGUGAAGGUUGCAUCUUCAUACUGUCCGGUUAUUGAGCGGCUCGCCGGAAUACUUGCACAUUUGGAUGUUAUUGUCAGUUUCGCCCACGUUUCCGUCCAUGCGCCGACAUCAUACGUUCGACCUACGAUGCAUCCGAGGGGAACGGGUAAUACGGUCCUCAAAGAAGCGCGCCAUCCAUGUCUUGAGAUGCAAGACGAUAUCUCUUUCAUUACCAAUGACGUGGCUCUCGAGAGGGGGUCUUCAGAGUUCGUCAUAAUCACAGGCCCGAACAUGGGCGGCAAAUCAACGUACAUUCGACAGAUUGGAGUCAUUGCCUUGAUGGCUCAAAUCGGCUGUUUUGUUCCUUGCUCGGAGGCUGAACUUUCAAUUGUCGACUGCAUACUCGCCAGGGUUGGCGCGAGCGAUUCGCAAUUGAAAGGUGUGUCGACAUUCAUGGCAGAGAUGCUUGAGACUGCCAAUAUCCUAAAGUCGGCAACUCGAGAAUCUCUCAUUAUCAUCGACGAGCUGGGUCGAGGUACCAGUACCUAUGAUGGGUUUGGUCUCGCCUGGGCUAUCUCGGAAUACAUUAUCAAGGAGAUUGGCGCCUUUGCACUAUUCGCGACCCAUUUCCACGAACUUACCGCGUUAGUUGAUACGUAUAGCCAAGUCCAAAAUUUGCACGUUGUUGCUCAUAUAAACGAGGCAGAAGAAGGUUCCCAGAAGAGACGAGAAGUCACAUUGCUCUACAAAGUCGAGCCAGGUGUGUGUGACCAGUCCUUUGGUAUCCACGUCGCCGAGCUGGUCAGGUUCCCAGAGAAAGUGGUCAAGAUGGCGAAACGAAAGGCGGAUGAACUCGAGGACUUCACCACCAAGCACGAUGAGAACUUUGUGCAAGCCUCGAAAGAAGAAGUGGAAGAAGGUAGCGCGAUGCUGAAGGAAGUGCUACUAAAGUGGAAGAAGGACGUGGACGAGAAACAGUUGACGAAGGCAGAGCAGGUGCAGAGCCUGCGGGAUCUCGUCAAGAACAACAAGAAGCUGCAGCAGAACUCAUUUUUCCAGAGCAUAACGGCGUUGUAG